CAUCUUCGUACUGCGUGGCGGCGCCCUCGCUCGGCCUGACGCACCGCUGCAGCUUCCAGCAUUAUCUGGACAUCAUGGCCGAUUUCCCGAGUCUGUGGACGUUGGAUUGCAGCGGCCCCCCGUGCGGUUGCUCCGAUCCAGACAGCCCCAAGUGCGAGGACUCGCUCCCCAUAACAUCAGACUGCUGCAUCCACCAGCUGCGCGGCCUCAUGCUGCCCCUGGACGUGGGCUCCACCACCGUGUUCUGGUGGUCGGGCACGGCGGACAGCGCCGUCGUGGUCAAGGGCCCGGGCAUCGUGGAGCUCGUGGACGUGACGGAGGCGCAGGAGGGGCACUGGCACAGGGUCACCACCGUCUCGCACCCGCGGAAAGAAGGAUCCCGCACGUCAACCCCGCCUUGCACGGUGACCAGCAGCAGCCUCAAUCUUGCUUGCAAUUGCACUCAGGAACUCAACAUCUCAUCUUCAAUCAUGUUCAAGACGUUUGAUACUUCCCUCACGGAUUUCACGCCCGGGUACUGGGCCCUCGGCUGUCACGAUUUCCCCGAAGAUUACCCCAACAGCACGAGCGUGAGGUGCGAAUCAACAGCAACAGCCGUAACAGGGAGGACGUUGAUAUCACCUGUGCUCAUAGCAAGUGCGGGAACCUCGGUUACAGUUGCCGGAUUCUUCUGGACGCUGAUCGCCAUCAUGGUCGCCGUGGCCUGAAGGGCGGUCGUUCAGGCGCUGGAGGGUCUUCCUCGUGGAAGCAAGAAGAGCACAGGUUACGUGACCAUCAAAGGCAAGGAGAAAGACGAGAAUGCAGGAAUCUGUGAUAAAAGUCGGGUCUAAAAGCCAGGUACAAACACAUCAGUCCUCGAGCACCUGUUUACCUGGUGGAGAGCGAGACAGCUGCUUUAGCGUUAGAGUUACUUAGAAACUGUUUCUUGAGCGCUUGUAUGAUAAGUUACCGCUGUUAAACACUCUAUCUGUUGGGAAGAUAGAAAGUGCAGAGUAUAUUUGUAGUUCUUAGCGAAUAGAGAUGGAGGGAAAGUUUAGAUAAUAUAAAGGUUGAUGGGUCAGAUAUUUAUCGAAUUUCUUACGAAAAAAUAAAACAAAUGAUAAUAAUGAUAAAUACAAAUUAUUUGGCGGCGGUACACUCAAUCACUGUGCCAGCGCUGUUUGUUGUUGUGUUGGAAGUCACCUGUUGUGUUGUCACGAAGUUAUGCGUCUUUCCGUUCGUCGGCUGUAUGUAUUCCAGUGUUUCCAUAAAAAUUCAGUCUUUAUACUUGUUAACUUUAAGAUAUGUAUGUAAAUAUAUAUAAACACACCAAAACCAAGAACCUAGCAGAAAGGGAAAAGAAAAUGAGACCUUGCUCUUUCUUAAAGAAUCGCGGGUUCUUGGACUGAAGAGCGGUUCUCUGCAACCUCUCUCACAGGAAGGAAAAAAACUCACAAACCUCAUUUUAACUCAAGACUGCAAACGAGUACCUGGCUUCGCUGGGAUGAACUUCACUGCAGCCCUGAAGCACAGUGGCUCUGUGCGCGGGGUAUAUGGAUUAUUCCACUGCAAGCUCAAAGGCCUACUAGAUGUUGGAGGUACAAUACUAAAGGUAAUUUUUGUCCCCUUUUCCACAACGCCUCUUGUACCCCCUCCCCCGACCUCCGCCCCUCCUUGUCACCCCCGCCCCCUUUAUAUAUAUACUCUAACCCCUUAUAUACAUGUAUGUUCUUGUAAAGUUGGAAAUAAAGAUUACUGUUACAAUUACCAUUA